AGCUGUGUUGUUGUAAUGGCUGCCACUACUGCUGCGAGGACAUGAGCAUCUGCUGUUUUGGAUUCUGGUGCCCCUGGUGCUUGAUGUGCACUACAAGCCAAGAGUUUGGAGAAUGUCUCUGUCUCCCUCUGCUGGAUAUGUGCUUUGGUGCCAUCAUCCCGGCUGCAUCUUAUUCUGUAAGAAGUGCCGUGAGAGAGAGAUACCACAUCAAGGGCACAAUGUGUGAUGACUGCUGUGUGGUGACCUGCUGUGGAAUAUGUUCAUGGUGUCAGAUCGCCAGAGAGCUGAAGUUUCGCAGGCAGCCCCAGGUGUUUGUCAACCCGCCAGUGAAUGUGACAUACCAAACAGCGGCCAACACCUCCUACCAGCCAGUGGCUGGUAUGAAUCAGUCCUACCCUCCUGGGUACGCUCAGCCCCCCAUGUCACCUAACCCUCAGAGCGGAGGACUGUAUCCAGCUGUAUAAGAUACUUGCUAUGAAUAAUCUAAAAUCUGCAAAAAUAACAAAUACAGAAUUCAAGAAUUUCUAUUUUAUGUAGAUGAUCUUUUUAUGCAUUUUAUUGUUUCAGCUGCCUUUCACUAUGUAUGUUGUAAAGAAUCAAUUAUAACCAAUGUAAAAAUUCUAUUUUUUUGCUUGAAAUCUUAUUUUUUCCUUUAGAUGUAUCAUUAAAAUUUAAUGCUGUACAAUAUUUUAUGCCGUACUUUCAUGUUUUUCUUCUUCAAAAAACUAGUAAAUAAAUACUUUUCCCACAAAAAAAAAUUUUUUAAAGAGCUCAUUACUUACACAUGGUCAAUGUCUGAAAAAAAAUGUGUUUGCUUUGAGUCUGAGCAGUUCGUCAAGGUUCAGUGCUAUCGUGUUAAAUUCCUGGUGAUCAACGAUAGUGUCACCGAAUUCCAUUCCUCUAGUUACUGUAUCUGGGUCUUCCUGGAACUUUCAAUAUAUCUUCAGCUGAUAUCCACAAAACAGCCAAUGGAUGGCACAAUGUUAAUUACUGUAUUUAUCACUAGCAUAUAGGGGUAUUGUUAGAAGGAUAGAUAGGAGCUCAUUUUGAUUCUACAUGGAGACAAAGAGUCUCACAGAGGCUACAUACAGCUUUAAAGUGGACUACAUAUUCACAGAUCUGAACAAAUUAUGCUAAACUUCACAGACACAGUGAACCUGUAAACACAUCUCUUCAUUAUCAGCAAACAAUGGAGGCUCAUACUAGCUGUCUUACGGUCAUGAUAACCUCCAAAUCCACUUUAUCCCUAUCCAAGAGAAUGUGGUUUCUAAAGCAAAAUUAUUGAACAUUAAAUAUAAAAAACCUUAGCAUUUUAUUGUAGCUUAUUAAAUAUGGGACGCCAUUGUUACAUACAAACUAUUAAAAACAAUAGACACAUUACCUGUUCUUUUUACCAAUUAUUACAGCAUUUCAACCCAU